AACCGACAAGAAUAUGUUAAUUUAUAAUUUCGGAUCGCCAAUUGAUGGACCUACUUGGAAAGAAUUGAUGUGCAAACUUCUUGACAUAAAUAAAAUAUAUCCCUUGCAAAAUAUCAUAUAUUUCCCAUCUUUGAUUUUCUUCCAAUCUAAAAUAUUAUAUACAAUUUCUGUGUGGCUCGGUUACUUCCUUCCAGCUUUACUUAUAGAUGCUGCAAGCAUCUGUAUGGGUUAUAGUCCAAGAAUGUUGCAAUUUUUUAUAAAGAGAGAAAAAGAUGUUGAACUAUUGAGACCUUUUCUUAUCAAAGAUUGUAAUUAUUCUACUGACAAUGUUCAAGCGAUGUGGGAUUAUCUCAGUGAGAAAGACCAACAAUUGUUUAAAUUCAACAUGGUAGGAUUUGAUUGGAAAAAAUAUUUAAUGGAUUAUCAUAACGGCAUACGCCACUAUCUACUCAAUGAAGAUGACAGCACGUUGAAAAUCAGUCGUAUUAAAUAUAGAAGAUUUUACUGGAUACAUCAAAUCAUCAAAGCUACACUUAUCUUUAUUGUCCUAUGGAUCAUUUGGUUCAUGUUUAAGAGAAUGUUUGUAUAACUUUUACGUUAAUUUAAGUAUAAUGCCUUAUUUACAUCAGUAUAGGGGAGACCGAGGACAGGAAUAGUAACAGGGUACAGUUGUAACAUCGUGAAUAUUUUUAAAACUAUAAUAGGUAUAUGUAUGUGGCCGUGAGGCAAAAAUCAUUAAACAGACUAACAUAUAUUGAUUAGUUCCUUAUUGCGGAACGCACACAUGUGCAGGGGCAAAAAAUACUUUCUUUAUUUCUCAAGUAAGUUUUAUUAUGUGCGCAAAAUCUAAAAUGUUUUUGUUUUUUAUAGCGGAAGUAUAACGUAUAUUAUCUAAAAAGGUUUUAUAAGUGAUCAUCUAUGUUAAUGAUUUGCAUAUUUUAAUAAAUUUUUAUCUAUAUAUUUAUUUUGAAAUUUUACUUCAAAUUAUAAAAUACCAUUAUAGGGGACAAUUGUAACAUCGGUGCCUGCAGAGACGGUUGUAGCGUUACAAUUGUCUCCGAAUUUGCUUGGAUUUAUUUGAGUGUUGUUUUUCACAAUGUUAUUUAAAUUUUGUUUGCAGUGCUUUGCAAUGAAAUCUUACUGCAACGAAUUUAUAGCGUUUUUCACUGGAAGGAACUGAGUGCGCACCGGCACUGCACUAUCACCAUCACUUGAUGCUGAGUUUCUGCAAUAAAAUGCAAAAACUUGGCAUGAAGUCUUCCAGUAAAACAGCGCACAUCGACUUCGUGCACACUGAAAAGCUCAAUGAAACACGCUACUCUCGAUAAGUGUGCAUUCAGUGCGCACCAGUGAAAAACGCUAUUAGAGUGCAGCUGUGUACAAUUAGCAUGAGUACCACAGGCAUAUGAAGAGAGUAGUAGGCUCUUGCUCGAUAUGAGCUGUAGCGCCAUCGAAUAAUAAUAAUCUCUCAGUCGUUUGUACUUUAUACCACCAACAGGCAAACUUAAACAGAUAGAUUAUACGUAAAGUAUGCUAUAAAUUUCUGAUGUCAGAAAGGCAACAGAUUUCACAUAGACUCUGUAAUUAUCUGACGAUAUCGGCAAAUUGCUAUUAUUAGAAAUUUAGCAGAAUCUGUUGACGUUCUUUUUUGUCAGCAAAUUGCCAGAUAUCAAGAAAAUUCUGUUGAUAGACUUUGAUGGCACAUUGGCGGCAAAAACAAUCCCGAGUAGGAUCUGUGCAACGCAAUCUGACAACAGAUUGGUAGCAGAAAUUGAGCAGAUUUUUCAAACGCAAUAUUUAGUUCAUACUUUUAAAACAACGUUUUAUACGUAUUUAAUUUAAACAAUAUUUUAUUGAUAUUUAGAAUAUUUUUUGAUAAUAUUAAUAAUACGUAGCAACGAUAAAAUAUACACGGAACCUAAUUAAAAGCGCGAUAAAAUAUGA